UUAUAGAAGGAAACAUGAACCGUUAUAGCAGCCACAGGAAAACUCAAAUAUGCAACCGGGCGUAUAGACGACAAAAAAUAGGAAGGUAAGUCAAGCGAUAAGAGGGCGUAUAGAGAAGAGGGUAAUGGCGUUUCGGCCAAAUUUCUUUCUCAGGCAACCUUCAUAGCUGCUCCUUUCUGCAGGAACGAUCCGUUCGUGGUUAUCUUUUAUUUUGGCGUAUGGUUGAAUGGCACUAUUGCGAUCAGUGAUGGUUCGUGCGUGGGAGUUUCAGGCCUUUCGAAUUGGGAAGAUUCAACUUUUGCGUUUUCUGUUAGUAGAUUGAUCUCACCUCAUGUUCAUUCAAACAAACACUGAUCUGAGGCAGGGAAUAACAGGUGUUACGUUCUCCCAUCCAAGGAGAUGCCAAUAUUCCCACAGACUGACUGGAACAGGUUCAUAUUUUCCAGCUUGCCUAGAUGUCUUUAAUCUAACCAGACUUAGCAAGCUCCACUCGCAGGCAAACAAAACAGACAAAGGUUUUAGAUAUACAAAAAUAUCAUCUGAAUUUAUGGAGAAGCCAGGAAGCAAUUUAGUAAUCAAAGAAAACUUGCAAGAUUUGCCUCUUUCACCUGCAUAUGAAACUGUGAUGGAAGCACUUUCCUCUCUCAUUACUACCAAAAAACGUGGAGAUAGACCUGCUGUUGAGCCUAAAUAUAGGAAAUUGGAUGGGAUGAUGAUGUAUAUUAAGAUUUUAGGCUUGGAGGAACAUAUAGCUGGCCUUAACAUUAUCCAUGUUGCUGGAACUAAGGGAAAGGGGUCAACAUGCACAUUCUGUGAGGCCAUUCUACGGGAGAGUGGUUUCAAAACUGGACUAUUUACAUCCCCUCACCUAAUUGAUGUGAGAGAAAGAUUCCGUUUGGAUGGGUUGGACAUAUCAGUAGAGAAAUUUUUACUGUACUUUUGGGAAUGCUGGAACCAGUUGAAGGAAAGCAUUUCAGAGGACUUGCCAAUGCCUCCACUGUUCCAGUUCUUUACUUUAUUGGCAUUUAAGAUAUUCAUAUCUGAAAAGGUAGAUGUUGCUAUUAUUGAGGUUGGACUCGGAGGGGAAAAUGACUCAACAAAUGUGAUCAAGAAACCUGUUGUCUGUGGCAUUACCUCUUUGGGCAUGGAUCACAUGGAAACGUUGGGGGAUACUCUUGGACAGAUUGCUUCACAGAAAGCUGGAAUAUUCAAGCCACAAGUUCCUGCAUUCACAGUACUACAGCUUUCUGAAGCAAUGGAUGUUAUUCAGGCAAGGGCCUGUGAACUGAUGAUUCCUUUGGAAGUGGUACCACCACUUGACCCUAGAACAUUGGGUGGCCUAACGCUAGGUUUGUCCGGUGAGCACCAGUUCAUCAAUGCUGGCCUUGCUGUUUCCCUUUGCAAAAGCUGGCUUCGUAGUACAGGGAAUUGGCAAAAGCUAUUCCAGAAUGGUAGCCAGGAAGACAUUUUGCCAGAAGCAUUUCUGAGGGGUCUUUCAACUGCAUGUCUUUCUGGAAGGGCUCAAAUUAUUCAUGAGCCUUCACUAAGCUCUUGCAGUUCUUCAGAAGUUAAAGCAAACUCUUCUGGCGAUUUAAUAUUUUACUUGGAUGGAGCCCAUAGUCCUGAGAGCAUGGAAGCUUGUGCAAGAUGGUUCUCUAGUGCUGUGAAAGUAAACAAGCAUUUAUCAUCAUCAUCUUCCUCCUAUAAAGUUGGCAAUGUGGAGAAACUGGGGGGAAAUGAUUAUACUCACCAUGAAAUGGACAAAGAAUCAGGCAAAAUACUAAAGCGGGUUCUUUUGUUCAAUUGCAUGGAGGUGAGAGACCCUCAAGUUCUUCUUCCACAGCUCGUGAAUACAUGUGCUUCCUCAGGUACUCACUUCUCUAAAGCCAUUUUUGUUCCAAGUAUGUCAACAUACAGGAAGGUUACUUCUGGUAUGUCUGUCAUUCCAGCAGAUACUCCUGCUAGGGACUUGUCAUGGCAAUUCAACCUCCAAAAAAUAUGGGAGAAGAUGAUCCAUGGGAAAGAUGCUGUUGCUGACAAGGGGUCUAAGAUCGAUGGUCUACAAACCUUACCACCUCAUGAAUUCUUGUACCAGGACUCAUCUCAUUGCAAUCCAGCAGAUAGGCAUUUUGCUUGCAGUGCAGUGAUUCCUACAUUACCAUUGACAAUUAAUUGGUUAAGGGAUUGUGCUAAAAGGUACCCUUCCCUUAGAAUCCAGGUUCUUGUUACCGGGUCAAUACAUUUGGUUGGGGACGUACUGAAGCUGCUGAGGAGAUGAUACAAAUUCAACUUGAAGAUGCUUCAACUAUUUCCUAUCCAAAGCCGUUCCUCAUCACAUGCGUUGAAUUAUUUUUUCUUUCUUCUUCAUUACUUUUAAUCUCUUACAUCCACAUUGUUUAAGCAGCCAAGUUUCUCAGUAGCUUAAGGCAGCUUUUACUGCAAAUUCAUAGCUGGUGUAAAUUACUCAAUGUUGUACGCACAAAAUAAGUGAUGAACCAUUGCAACUAUC